CAAAAUGACAUUUUUGCAUAUGGGUCAGCAUUAGAAUCUGGUGAGGGAUAUUGGAGUUUGUGGGUUCAGUUAUUAGUACAAUUUGCUUGAGAGGAAAUACAAGACACUGCUUUUGAAAUCAUGGCGAGGCGUCAUGGGUGGCAACUCCCUGCUCACUCCUUUCAGGUUGUGGCAAUAAUGGUUUUUUUCCUAUUAUCCGUUGCUUUCUAUGCGUUUUUCGCUCCUUUUUUGGGGAAGGAAAUCUAUGAGUACAUUGCUAUAGGCAUCUAUUCUUUUCUGGCACUCUCCGUAUUUAUACUUUAUGUGCGUUGCACGGCUAUAGAUCCCGCUGAUCCUGGAAUUCUCAUUGAAGCAGACAGUGACAAGAUGUCUCCGUGCACAUCUCAUGGGGGCACGGAGUUGACUGGUACGUUUUCUGCAGCUGAAGAGCCCGGUAAAUUCGUAGGGUCGAAGAAUGGUGGAGCAUCUUAUGAACAUGAUUCAGGUUGUUGUUCGAAUGUCGGAUGUUGCCUUUGCUAUUGCCUUGUGAAGGAGGAUUGUCGCAAGUAUGAAAAUCAUCUAGAGGAACUAAAUGACGAGGAGGAGGCUUUGUUCUGCACAUUGUGCAAUGCCGAGGUUCGCGUGUUAAGCAAACAUUGCAGAAGUUGUGACAAAUGUGUCGAUGGAUUCGAUCAUCACUGCCGGUGGCUGAAUAAUUGUGUGGGCAGGAAAAACUACAUAUCGUUCGUUUGCUUAAUGGCUGCAAGCCUUGCCUGGCUCGUAUUCGAAAUCACAGUGGGGAUUGCCGUGCUUGUUCGUUGUUUUGUUGAUAGGAAAGCUACUGAGGUCGCAAUCGCUGACAGGCUCGGAGAUGGAUUUUCUCGCCCUCCAUUCGCUACUGUGGUGGCUCUGUGUAUAGCUGUUUCCUUACUCGCGACUGUUCCUUUGGCAGAGUUAUUCUUUUUCCACAUCAUUCUUAUCCGAAAGGGUAUAACGACGUAUGAGUAUGUCGUUGCCAUGAGGAGCCAAAGUGAACCCCCCGGACCUUCUGUAGACGGAGGAGAUCUGGAAAGCUUACCAUCUUCGCCAACAAGCUCUGCUGUGACCGCCAUUAGCGGUAAAAGCUCCAUUGGAAUGGGUCUGCAACGUAAAGGCGCUUGGUGCACUCCACCGAGGAUAUUUAUGGAUCAUCAGGACGAAAUCGUGUCUCACCUUGAGCCGGGUCAGGUACCAUCGACUGUCGAUCCGGAUCACGUCGUCCAACCCGACAGGGGAAAAAAACCGUCACAGCGACCCAUCAGAAUCAGCGCGUGGAAGCUGGCGAAACUGGACUCCCACGAGGCGAUCAAAGCCGGUGCAAAGGCCCGAGCGUCGUCCUCCGUCCUACGCCCCAUCGGUUCCCGACCUCAUCCGUACGACGGCGACCACUUGUCGAGCACGACCAUGAGCAGCCCUGCUAGCACGAGACACGGAUACUAUGAGACCAAUGCUCGAGCGGGCACGUCCCGGUUGUCGCCGGCGAAGAGCUCGUACCCGCCCAGCCGAAGUGCCAGCAACCGGAGCAGCCCUCUCCCCGCGAACCUUACGCCUUCGCCGAUGGGGCAGCACUCGUCGAACUUCAACCAGACGAGGAACAACAACAGCAGCAACAAUAAUGCGGGACCCGCAGACGGGGCAAAGUCCUCGGUGUUCUGGGAUCCAGGGGCAGGGAGGUUCGUCUCGUCCGCGUCGAGAGGCGUCGGUGGUUCUUCUUCGUCUGCGACGACGGAGCUCACGUACUCGGGCCAGUCGAUAUUCUUCGGAGGGCCGCUCGUGAAUGAGCAGAUGAACAGGAGCCGGCGCUCGGCCGGGGCACCACAACGGAGCUCGACGGCGAGUUACUACCAGCAAGGGAGAUCGCAGCGUGGAGGGCAGCUUCCUGUGUUUGUGCCGAGUGAUUCACAGCAACAGCAAAACCAAUAUUCUUCUAAUUUAGAUUAGCAUUUUGAUUAAUGUUUUCUGUUACUAAUAUUCAGCAGUAGAGUUAGAUAGUUACAUUUAUCAUAAUCCCUUUCACAUGUCACGUCAACUUAAUUUUGCAGCAAAAGG